UUAAAAAGGAAUUACAUAAAAAAUUUAAAAACGUUAAAUAAUUACCCUUUUCGCAAUUUUCGCCAAGAAGAUGCUAAAUUAUUAAAAGGCAUUGUGUCAAUGCAGAUAUUAUUAAUAAGUUGCAAAAAACAAUCGACAUUAUGAUAUCAAUCUUUGAUGCUGCUCGUUGCAAUCUCGAUAAGGUUCGAUAAAGUAAUGUUUGCCAUUGUAUAUACAUAUGUACAUACCAGAAUAUACGCCAUACACGCAUCCUAGUUGUUUGCAAUUACAAACAACUCUAAUUUAAUUAGAUUUAAACAAUAUUUUCCGACCAGUAUAUAAAUGGAAUUUGGCCCUAUAUGAAGCAAUAAAGGUUCGUCUUCUGACAAGGAAGUAUAUUCUGCUGAACUAAAUUUAAUAUAUAAGGAUGUUAAGAGUGAUAACGCUAGCUAUUUUUGUGCUAGCUGCCGAAGGAGAUAAUGUGAAAGAAACGCGAUGUAUCAAAGAGGUGAUAGGUAAAAGGUUAGCUCACCAAACCGAUUGUUCUAAAUUUGUGCAAUGUAUUAAUACAUCAUUCGGACGUGUUCAGAAUUGUCCUAGUGGAUUAGCAUUUAAUGCUCAAGAUGAAAUAUGUGAUUACCCAUCACGCGCUGGUUGCUCGAAAGAAAGGUCUUCCUUUUUAAAAACCACUUGCGAAUGUGACUGCAGUGUGUGUUGUGCAGGAUGUAAUUCAGAUAUCACUCCAACAGCACCUACUAUAAGUCCUUCUACAACCUCAACGCCUUGCAAUACUCCAAUUCAAUUAUCCUCGCAAACUCAUUCAAAUCARAUUACUCUGGAACCAACGUCAAAUCCAAACCCAUCACCGACCCCUACUGAAACGCUAGUACCAACAAUAACAACUUGCGAUAUAUCAAGUCCAACUCAAUCAUCAUCGCAAACUCCAUCGACUACGGAGCCAACAUCAAAUCCUAAUUCAUCACUGACCCCUGUUCAAACGAUAACACCAGCACCAAUAUUUUGCGAUACAACAACUUCAACGCAAUCACCAUCUCAAACUCUAUCGACACCGGAACCAACGUCUAAUCCAAAGCCAUCACCAAACUCUUCUCAAACGAUAACUCCAACGCCAAAAGCUUGUGAUACAUUAAGACCAACUCAAACACCAUCGCAAACUGCAUCGACUGCGGAACCAACGUCAAAUCCAAACCCAUCACCGACCUAUUCUCAAACGAUAACUCCAACCCCAAUAGUUUGCGAUACAUCAAGUCCAACUCAAUCACCAUCGCAAACUCCAUCGACUUUGGAAACAACGUCAAAUCCAAGCCCAUCACCAACAUCAACAACUUGCGUUACAUCAAGUCCAAAUCAAUCACCAUCGCAAACUCUAUUGAAUUCAAUUAGACCUGAACCAACAUCUAAUCCAAACCCAUCACCGACUCCUUCUCAAACGAUAACAUCAAUAGCUUGCGAAACAUCAAGUCCAACUCAAUCACCAUCGCAAACCCCAUCGACUCCGGAACCAACGUCGAAUCCUAAUUCAUCACUAUCUCCAACUGAAACGUUAACACCAACAUCAAUAGCUUGGGAUACAACAAGUCCAACUCCAUUAACUCCGGAACCGACUUCAAAUCCUAACUCAUCACCAUCUCCAACUGAAACCUUCACACCAACACCAACAGCUUGGGAUACAACGACUCCGAAACCAACUUCAACUCCUAAUUCAUCACCAUCUCCAACUGAAACGUUAACACCAACACCAAUAGCUUGGGAUACAGCAAGUCCAACUCUAUCGACUCCGGAACCAACUUCAAAUCCUAAUUCAUCAACAUCUCCAACUGAAACGUUAACACCUACACCAAUAGCUUGGGGUACAACUAGUCCAACUCCAACACCAUCGCAAACUCCAUCGACUCCGGAACCAACCUCAAAUCCUAAUUCACCACUGACCCCUGCUCAAACGAUAACACCAACACCAAUAGAUUGGGAUACAACAACACAAGCUCAGACAACGAUAGCCACAACUGACGGUACCUUCACAAUACCUGGACCCACACAAGACACUCCUGAUUGUGAUCCAUUGUGUUGUAAUGUAAAAGAUGGUUCCAACAGUAUUUUGGAGGGAAAUUGUCAAAAAUUCGUGGUUUGUGUUGGUGGAAAGGAAAAUGUUUUUACUUGCUCCAAUAAUUUGCUGUUUAAUUCCGUAACUGGCGAAUGCGAUUAUCCAGGAAAUGUAAAUUGUCCCUGGCCUCAAGAUCCACCAAGUGGUCCGUCGGCGGGACCAUCUGGAACUCAUUGUGCAACUGGAGGUCGGUGCGUUGGCCAGCAGGACGGCACCUCUUUUGCUAUCAAAACUGAUGCUUGCAGCACAGACUAUAUUGUGUGCCAGUGUGAGUGUGAAGUGCAGCGUAGUUGCCCAUCACUAUUAAUGUUCAACUAUAAUUUGGGGGUCUGUGAUUGGCCAACGAUUACUCUCACCGCUGUGGUUUUAUUGACCACAGCUGCACUUUGUUAUGCAGCUGAUGCAGAGUGUAAGUACCGUAAGUCUCGUAAGUUGGCACUUCACUGGCCGGAUCCUACCGAUUGCACUCGCUACUAUCGUUGUACGAAUAGGAGUGUAAAGAGAGAAGUAGUUUGCGCCGUAGGCAAGGUAUAUAAUUCGAAGACAGGAAAAUGCUCAAAUUACAUCGAGGGUCUUUGCAAAUUGACACUAGCCAUGUCUUUAGAUGCGAAUAUUAACGUAUGUGCUAAUGAAACCUCUGGUGUUUAUCUUGAUCAACCUGGAUACUGUCGUAAUUUCUAUAUUUGCAACCAAAAUGAAGCUUAUCCACAAGUUUGCGAUGUUGGAAGUCGCUUCAAUUCUCCGACUAGAACAUGCAUACCAGACACUAACUCUGAAUGUUGGCAAAAUAAGUGUAUUGGUGAAAAUAAUGGCACCUAUUUGCCCAAUGAAUCUUCUUGUUCUUCAUUUUAUGUAUGUGCUGCGGGCGAGACAAUUGAACAAGAGUGCGGUAGUGGCAGCUAUUUUAAUCGUUCCAAAAGGAUUUGUCUGCCUGAUCCAGAUGGACAGUUUUGCUGGGAGAACUUAUGCGUAGGCAAAAAAGAUGGAGAGUUUGUGCAAGAUGUAAAAGAUUGCUACAGUUAUUACAUCUGUGYUUCCGCAAAGCCAAUCCAGCAAUAUUGUCCAGAAGGCAGUUAUUUCAGUUCGAUUGAAAACAGUUGUUUACCAGGCGAGUGUUCACCAGUUACAACCGAGUGUUCCACUACCGAGACAACAGAAUCAACGACUGAAUGCAUUAGCGAAAGCACUGAAUCCACGCCAUCAACAGAGUGUACUGAAGUUGCAACACCUACUACUGAGACAACAGAAUCAACCACUGAAUCCACGCCAUCAAUAGAUUGUACUGAAGUUACGACACCCGCUACGGAAGCAACUUGCGAUUGCCCUGGUGGUUAUAAGGAAGGUGAAUUGAUACCGUUCCCUAACUACCCCGAGAAUUGUGACAAAUAUUAUGAAUGUUCGAACGGAAAACUUGAGCAGAAGGAAUGCGGCGAAGGAAAUGACUUCAAUAGCACCUUAGGUGUUUGUGAACCCGAUGUUGACCAUAUCUGUUGGCCAGUNGUGACUACUGAAUGUUCCGAAGUUACGACACCGGCUACGGAAGCAACUUGCGAUUGCCCUGGUGGUUAUAAGGAAGGUGAAUUAAUACCGUUCCCWAACUACCCCGAGAAUUGUGAUAAAUAUUAUGUAUGUUCAAACGGAAAACUGGUGGAGAAGGAAUGCGGCGAAGGAAAUCGCUUCAAUAGUACCUUAGGUGUUUGUCAACCUGAUAUCGAAAAUGUAUGUUCACGGAUAGAUUGUGAUGCUCGAAGCUAUAAUGUAAUUGCACGAAGAAAUAGGCGAAGUGUGGACAAAUCUCCGAUUGACACAUUCGAUACUCCAUUGUGUUUGGGUUUAUACGCCAAGGGGGAGAUAAUAGGAGAUUCUUCAAACUGUCGGAAGUAUCAAAUUUGUGUUGAUGGUGAAAUGAUAUCUGAAGAUUGCGGCUUUGGAAAUUAUUUUAACUCAAAUACUUUAACAUGCAACAUUGAUACUCAGCAAGUUUGUAUUGGCAAUAAUGACAAUGCCAAUGAAUACGUUAGUACCAAAAAAAGUGAACAAAUGACUGACAACGCCUCCAACAUUGGGGUAAGAGAUUGCAGCUGCCCUGGUGGUUACAAAGAGGGUGAAUUGCUACCAUUCCCCAACUAUCCGGAAAAUUGCGAUAAAUAUUACAUCUGCACCGACGGUAGGCUUCAAGAACGGGAGUGCGGAGAGGGCAAUUAUUUUGACAGUCAACUCGGUGUAUGUGUACCUGAUGUCAAUAAUAAAUGUUGGCCAGCAGAAACGAAUUGCACUUGUCCCGGUGGAUAUAAAGAAGGUGAAUUGUUACCAUUCCCCAACUAUCCGGAAAAUUGUGAUAAAUAUUACAUCUGCACCGACGGUAGGCUUCAAGAACGGGAGUGCGGAGAGGGCAAUUAUUUUGACAGUCAACUCGGAGUAUGUGUACCUGAUGUCGAUAAUAAAUGUUGGCCAGCAGAAACGAAUUGCACUUGUCCCGGUGGAUAUAAAGAGGGUGAAUUGUUACCAUUCCCUAACUAUCCGGAAAAUUGCGAUAAGUAUUACAUCUGCACCGACGGUAGGCUUCAAGAACGGGAGUGCGGAGAGGGCAAUUAUUUUGACAGUCAACUCGGAGUAUGUGUACCUGAUUUCGAUAAUAAAUGUUGGCCAGCAGAAACGAAUUGCACUUGUCCCGGUGGAUAUAAAGAGGGUGAAUUGUUACCAUUCCCCAACUAUCCGGAAAAUUGCGAUAAGUAUUACAUCUGCACCGACGGUAGGCUUCAAGAACGGGAGUGCGGAGAGGGCAAUUAUUUUGACAGUCAUCUCGGAGUAUGUGUACCUGAUGUCGAUAAUACUUGCUGGCCAAAUGUGUGCUAUGGUCAAAUUGACGGCACCUAUGUACCUGAUUCGAGAAAUUGUACUUCAUUUUAUCUUUGUCAACACGGUAAAGGAGAGAUAUAUAACUGUCCACCUGAGAAGUGGUUUAGCCCAGUUGAUAAAAUUUGUAUGCCAGACUUUAAUGCAACGUGCAUAAAUCCUUGUAAAGAUACAACAGGAAUUACAUUCUUACCCAAUCCCGAUUGUUCUAAGUAUUUUCUUUGUAAUGACUGCAAACCAUAUGUUGAGACAUGUYCCGAAGGUGGAUUUGAUAUAACCUUGAAUAAAUGUCAUGCAGAUGCUGUUUGUGAAGCUACUUUGUGUGUAGGUAAAAGUGAUGGAACAACAUACCCUUUUGUAGGCAACGACACCAAAUUCUAUUUAUGUAUGGGGGGCGUAGCUCAGAUAAGAAAAUGUAAAUGCGGACAAGUUUUCAAUAAAGAUGUGGGAGUUUGCUUGGAAGAGGCUAGCUCACAAUGUAAUCAAACCAAAUGCCAGUCCACUAACCCAGAAGAGAAUGCAUUUGCACCCUUAACAAACACUGAUAACUCCGCAUUCUGUUUAUGUCGAGGUGAUUCAGCGUUCCUACAUCACUGUGCAGAUAAUUACACUUUUCGAGCAGACCUCGGAAUAUGCUAUUCGAAUGCACCUUGUGAUCCGGAGUUAUGUGAUUCCUUCCCAGAGAAUACUCGCUCGCAAAAUCGUAACAAUUCACAUAGUUUCUGUUUAUGUGUCAGUAAGCAACAAGUUAUUGUUGAUUGCCCCAAGAAUCAAACAUACAAUGCAGUCACCCAAACUUGCCAAGUGCUUGAUGAAAGAUGUUCUUCUACAUUUUGCUUUAUGGCUCCGGAGUAUAGUACUUUUCCAGCAUUGAAUAAUGAUACAGAUGGUUUCUGCGAAUGCGUUAGUUCUGGCACUACAUAUAAGUUGUGCGGAAACAAUAAGAAAUACAAUGCGGAAAAAGGAAUAUGCCUUCCAGAAAUUGGGGAUGAUUGCAGUAGUUCACUUUGUUCAGGAAAUGCUGGAUUGAUAUUCGGUGCUGCCAGUGAUCCUCACUCCUUCUGUUACUGUAUCAACGAUGGAUUAGCAAUUAAGCAGACUUGCCCAAAUUCUGAGAUAUUCAAUGAUACUUUGUUAAUAUGUCAGGCGGUGGGUUGUGAUGGCGAAAUUUGUUUAACGAAUCCAUCCGGGCCAUUUCCAGCUUUAAAUGAACCAUAUGCUUUUUGUGUUUGUGGAAAUUCAGAUCCAAGCUCAGUAACGAAGCACGAUUGUGCGAAUGGAACUCGUUUCGAUUCAUACUACCUAUUAUGUAAAGAGGAUCCUUGCGACAAGAGCUUUUGUUCCAAUUCAUGCAAUAAUGGUAUCCCAUAUCCAGCAAAUAAUUACCAAUACGGAUAUUGCAUGUGUAAGAGUGGAAUACCCGAGUUGAUUUCUUGUACUGACGGAAACCUGUUUAAUCCUGUUUCCAGACAAUGUGAAUCCUCAAGCACUGUGGAGUGCGAUGUAGCUCAAUGUGCUAAUACGACAUCAGAAUAUCCUUUUGCCAUUGCAGCUAAAAACGAUACACAUGCAUUUUGUUACUGCUUUUCUUCGACCGAAGUUGAAUUCUUCUUGUGUCCAGAUAAUGCUUUAUUUGACCCGAUUAGCGAGAUUUGUAAUAUAAGUUGUACAAAGAGUGCGAAAUUAUUAGAACUAAAUCAAGGAAUCUCCACCGUGAGCUGCCUGGGUACUUAUGGCGAAGGGGAAUACGUCCCACAUCGUACUAACAAUCAACUGUUCUAUGUAUGCUAUAAUGCAAAGCUUCUAGGGGGUGAUUGUGGUGCAGGAAAUAUCUUUGACCAAGAUAGUUUAACUUGUCAGCCUUUGGACAAAAGGGUUAUGCACCAAAAUAAAAAUAUAAUGCGCACGGGAGAGAUUCCAGAAAAUAAUGUAAGAACUCUGACGAUUUUGAAAAAUUACCUUAAAAAAUUCCCAUACUUCUAAAGUUGUCAAUAAGGCUCGCCUCUUUAAAAACAUGGUUGCUAAACACUACAAUUUAAGCAAAUAUACUUGAAAAUUAAUAAAACACCGUACAGAAAUUCCGCUUGCUUCAUAUUCAUUAGAUCUUUUAACUACACUUACGUAACUGUACGUACGCUCCAGUAUGUAAAUAAAAGUGCUGUUACAUAACGAUAUUUUAAA